GCCCGUCUGUGCACGUUGGAACGGUUUGCAUUGAACGGAGCACGCGACCGGGGCCACAUGCGUAUUUAGUUUUCGUCCUCUCGAUUCACUCGUUCUCUCUCGUGAGAAAAAAAUGUGGAGGUCCUCUGCUGCAAACCCAAGGGAGCGCGUGGUUCUCCUUGUGGCACUCCUUAUUUCUGCUGCUGGCUCUUUUUUCCCGUCUGCCAAUGCGGCCACUGAAAAUCACCUAUCUCGCAGCCGGCAAGAUGAAAGGGCGGCGGCUCCAGAGUUGUUGAAAGCCUCUCUGUUUAAUGGCGCUGAGGCAGCGAACAGUGCAGAAAGGAAUAAGGUUCAAGGACUUGGUCACCAUGGCGGUUUCCAAAACGGGGCGUCGGCAGCACCGGUUGUGGUGUCGUACGACGCGCCGUCUGCAAAACAGUCUACGAUGCCCCGUGAAAAUAAAACAGUGGCGAAACAAAACGGCGCCCUAGGUUUUUGGAAACGGGUUCCAGGUUGGGCAAAGGUGCUUGGAAACAGCCUCGCUAUUGCCGUGUUGGUCAGUCUGGCCGUGAAAGGCAAACAAGUCAAGAGACGCUGCCAAACCUGCCUCCUCAAGAAGAGACCGUAGAGUCUCAAGAUGCCAGAUCUGGCUCUCUACAAACGCAGAAGCUCUCCACCGUUGCGUUCUGCAAGUGGAUCCUUCUGCUUCGGUGAGGAGCGAGGGUGAUUAGGAGUCAGCGAGACUCAUUCCUUCCAACGCACGCCUCCGCGAACAGCAAGGUUUUCUUUGCGACAGUCGUCCAGACACACACAUGUUAACCGUGAGAAGCAGAUAUAUCCUUGUCAGUGAUCAACAUACAGCAGAGCAACUCGACUUUGUUGCCCAUGCUGUUGACGCAGGAGUGCUAAAAAGGCUCGAAUUUUUCAACCGUAAGGGAUGAUUGAGCGCAUCUGCUUCACUGCAAACGUGAAGCAGCAAGUCAUGCAUUAGAUGCUUUCGAAGAGACUGCGUCAUGAAAUGAUUUCUUAACAUUUAUAAAUGACUGCAGUUGGACGAAACAUCAACGAGAUGCGGUAGAACCUUACCCGCGGCAGACAGUUUGUCCAGCUGGUUCCCGCUGAGUGUGAAUGUUUGCGCUCUGAAGGAAAACAUAUUCAAAAAACAUAGGGAACUUCAGAACCCCUAAUGC